AUGUGUUAUCAACUCUUUGAACUCUACCCUGUGUGCCGUUGCCUUUACUACCAGCACGCUAUUGACAGGUGUGCUGCCCACGGACGAGGUGGACACAGCAUUCAGAAUCGAACGAUCUUGGUCGGCUAUGCAUGCGAUGCCCACUCGCAAAACAAGGCCACGACACACUCCGACUGA